UCUCCCCCUCUCUCUCUCUGGAAAAAAAUUAAUACUAUUAUAAUAAUAAGAUUAAAUUAAAAGAAGGGAGCUUUGUUUUUUUGUGGGUUGUGUGUGAAUUCUAAAGCCAAGGGCCAAAGCCAAACCAAAGUCUCCUCUUUCACACCUUUCAAUCUCCAAACCAUGGAGGAAGAAUCUAGGGCUUCAUAUUUCAACCAGGUCAAUCGAGGUCUGUUCCUUUGGUGUCUCUCUUACUACAAUUUUGAUCAUUUUUUUAUCAUGGUAUAGCUUAUAUUUUUUUGGUUAUUAUCUGAGUUUCUCCUUUUCUAUUCAAUUUUAUAUUUUUGGUUUAAAAUUUUCAUCUUUACAAAAAUUCAGCCUUUGGAAAGAUGAAUUUCUUGGAAUUCUGAUGAAAUGAAAACAAUUUUAUGGUGUUUCUUUUAUUUACCCAAGAAUGACCAUAUGGGCUUUGUAUUUUUUUCUUGAAGAUCUAUUACCAAGCUAGGUUUUUGAGAUUUUUGGAGUUUUUAUGGUCUGUUUUUGUUUGGGUACUUCAGCUUUUUGGCCCUUUUGGCUGAUUUAAAGACUUUUGGGAGUCUGGGAUUAUUAUUAUGGAGGAGGUUGAAGAAGCUAACAGGGCUGCUGUGGAGAGCUGCCACAGAGUUCUGAGUUUCUUGUCUCAAACUCAAGAUCAGGUCCAGUAUAGGAAUUUAAUGUUGGAAACCGGGGAGGCUGUGUUUAGGUUCAAGAGAGUUAUUUCUCUUCUAAAUUCUGGUUUAGGUCAUGCAAGAGUUAGGAAACUCAAGAAAUUACCAACCCCUUUAUCCCAAAACAUCCUUCUAGAUAAUCCACACCAUAGAACAGAUCAUUCGUCCAAGAAUUUUCAGCUUCUCCAAUCUGGUAAUGACUUUGAUAACCACCCAAUUCAAGAAUUGGGUUCUUCAAGUGCUAAAAGUUCCCUUUGUUUGGGGGGGCCAUCUUUGGAGUUGAGUUCAAGUGGGAAAAGACCCUCGCACCUUGCCCAGCAAACACCUGCGGCACAUUAUCACUUCCUUCAGCAACAUCAUCAUCUGCAGCUCCAACAGCAGCAGCAGCAGCAGCAGCAGCAGCAAAUGAAACAACAAGCUGAAAUGAUAUUUAGGAGAAGCAGUAGUGGGAUGAACUUGAACUUUGAUAACAACACUAGCUGUACACCUACAAUGUCAUCAACUAGAUCUUUCAUAUCUUCUUUGAGCAUAGAUGGUAGUGUGGCUAAUAUGGAAGGAAGUGCUUUCCAUUUGAUUGGGGCGCCUCGGUCCUCAGAUCAGAGUUCACAGCAACACAAGAGAAAGUGUUCCGGAAGGGGAGAAGAUGGGAGUGUGAAAUGUGGAAACAGUGGUAGAUGCCAUUGCUCAAAGAAAAGGAAACAUAGAGUAAAGAGGUCAAUCAAGGUACCUGCUAUCAGCAACAAGCUUGCUGAUAUCCCUCCUGAUGAUUACUCAUGGAGGAAGUAUGGGCAGAAGCCAAUCAAGGGUUCUCCUCAUCCUCGGGGAUAUUACAAAUGUAGUAGCAUGAGAGGUUGUCCUGCAAGGAAGCAUGUGGAGAGAUGCGUGGAAGAGCCAUCCAUGCUUAUCAUAACUUAUGAAGGUGAACACAACCAUCCGAGGAUACCUUCACAAUCUGCGAAUACAUAAUCCCCGUGUUCUUCUCAAGCCGCUUACUGUUCCAUUAAUCGAAACAUAAUUGCGAAUGGAUUUUGUACAUAUUUUGCAUCCUUCAAGUCUAGGAUAUAUUUGGGGGCUUUUUUUUUUUUUUUUUCUAAGUUUUCCUUUUUUGACUCUUGGAAUUGGCUUACCAAAGCCUUCUUAGCAAUUAGGCCGGCGAGCUUGAAGUGAAGCACCGAUCAAAGAAAAAUGUAGAAUUGGGGCUUUAAAUUGUAAGAACUUUUUCAUCUUCCAUGGCAGCCAAUGCUUGAAACAGUUCCAGAAAUUUUCUUCCCAAGUUAGUAAUAUCCAAAUUGUGGUGAUUUUCUUUUAA